AUGGGUGACAAUUCCAGUGUUGAUGAAAAUUAUCUUCAAGAACCAGAUGUUGAGUUCAAUAAUGAUAUUGUACCAAUUAUUGAUAUAGAUGAUGAUAGUAACACCAACAACAAUAGUUUAUUAAGGAAACAUUCCAAUGUUUAUGCUAGAACCAAACAAACUGCACUUGAAAUAAACAGUUUUCAACCAUAUUCUACAACAUCUCCAGAAUAUAAAUCAAUGACCAAUAAAUUAAUUGAUUGGCUUGCAGCAGAUUUGCUGCCAUUUACAAUUGUAGACAGUCCUCAUUUCAAUAAAUUCAUAAAUUUAUUAAAUGGUCGUUAUAAACCACCAUCUC